AUUUCUCAGCUUAAUAAAUACUCCCUCUACUCCCCUUACAUGUAGCAGAAAGGCUUGCAAAGUUACAAUUUGCUUAACCAUGAAAGCAUCACUGAAGACCUUUACACAGUUUUCAUCCACCUAUGGUUUCCGCGUAUAUACAAUUUCAGCUUUGGCCGAUUUCCCAACUCGUGAAAUGCCUGCCCAGAACCACAUGAAUCCAAAGAUAGCCGAUAAACCCAUCGAUAAAAUCUCGCUUAUGAAAUUGAUUGAUUCUUCAAUCUCUUCAAAUGGGUUUGCUCCUACUGCUCUUCUAUUCCACGAAUUCUCUCGUUUCAUUGAUUGUAAUUUAUGUAAUACACUUAUCAGACGCUAUACAGAUUCAAAAAAUCACUCGCGUGCAGUUUUCGUUUAUACCCAAAUGCGUAAACUGAAUAUCCCUCCUGAUUCCUCAACAUUCCCGAGCGUUCUCAAGUCAGUUGCUCAGUUAUGCUACGGAAAAGUUGGAAAAUCCAUCCACUGUAAUGCAAUUCAACUGGGUUUCACUUUUGAUAUUUAUACAAACACUGCUCUUGUCUACAUGUACGGCAUAUGCCAACAACCAGAUGAUGCUCAUCAACUGUUUGAUGAAAUUCCCAAACGAAAUGUAGUUACGUGGAAUGCAUUGAUCACGAGUUAUACGCAUAAUAGGAUGUUCAGAGAAGCAAUUGAUGUGUUCAGGGAAAUGCCAGCUUCUGGGGCUAAACCAGGUGAGGUCACUAUGGUUGGAGUUUUAUCAGCUUGUUCUCAUUUAGGAGCUCUGAGUCAAGGGCAGUGGAUCCAUGAUUAUAUUGUGAAGAAUCGGUUGAGAGUGAAUGUAUAUGUUGGUACUGCAUUAAUUGAUAUGUAUGCUAAAUGUGGAGAUAUUGAUGAGGCAAAAAAGGUCUUUGAAACUAUGGGGGUAAAAAAUAUUUAUACAUGGAAUGUAUUGAUUUCGGCAUAUGCCAUGAAUGGACAAGGGGAGGCUGCAUUGCAGACUUUCGAUAGGAUGAUUGUAGAAGACUUAAAGCCUGAUCAUGUUACUUUCCUGGGUAUUUUAUGCGCUUGCUGCCACCAAGGUUUUGUUGAGGAAGGUAGAAGGCUGUUCUCAAGCAUGAUAGAUCAGUUUGGAUUGCAGCCAAAGAUUGUGCAUUAUGGGUGUAUGAUUGAUCUACUUGGACGUGGAGGGUUCUUGGAUGAAGCUAUGGAAAUGAUUCAUUCUAUGAAACUAAAGCCAGAUGCAGUAAUAUGGAGGACACUACUUGGUGCUUGUAGAUUUCAUAGAAGAGAAGAACUUGGUGAAUUUGCUUUCCGUAAGCUUCUGGAACUGGAACCAGCGAACGGGGAAAACUACGUGUUAAUAUCAAAUGUUCACACUCAAAAAAAGAAAUGGACUGAAGUUGGAGAAGUUAGGGAACUGAUGGACAGCGGCGGAAUCAAAAAGAUUCCUGGAUGCAGUUCAAUUGAAAUUGAAAAUGCAGUUUAUGAGUUUAAGGCAUCCGAUCCACUUAAAACAGGGCAUGAGGAAAUCCAUAAGAUGUUGCAAGACAUGAAAAGUCAGUUGAAAUUAGCUGGUUAUGUGCCUGAAACAGAGAUAGCUCUGUAUGAUAUUAAUGAAGAGGAAAAGGAGCAUAAUCUGAUAUGCCAUAGUGAAAAGCUUGCUCUUGCAUUUGGGCUGCUGCAUUCAUCUGAACCUACAUUAAGGAUAAUGAAGAAUUUAAGGAUUUGUCAGGACUGCCAUCAAUUCUUUAAGCUUGCUUCAGCAAUUUAUAAAAGGAAUAUUGUUGUUAGAGAUAUAAAGCGCUUCCAUCAUUUCACUGGAGGUCUUUGCUCAUGCAAAGAUUAUUGGUGAUACCUAGUAUAUAUAGGUGAUGUUAUGUCGUCUGACACAUUAGGGGCACUUACAGCACAGAGACCGGCAAAUUUUGUCUCAGUUCUCAGCCAUCAGACUUGGGUAGUUAUUUCUUCUUUGGAUGGAUGGAUAACUGGAGAUAUUUUAGUUUUUCCCUGGUAUAUACCAGACAUGGCCUAGCACGACAUGGAUAAAAUCCAGAUACAGUUUAUGGUGUUUGAUACUGCUGUGCAGAUAGAGCAUUGGCUUGCUGACCUGUUCAGAACCUUUUGAGGCAAUUGUGAACUUCUAUUCUGUUUGGGUAGUCAUGCUGCCAAUAUCUUUGCAGUUUCUGGAGUUGGUUUGCUACUAGAAACCUAACUUGUGAAAGUUUUAGUCCUUGAUAUUUGAGACAUAUUGGACUAGGUUUAACAGAGCUUUUUUUCAUUUUAGUGUAUGGCUCUGCCAAAGCCCCUAAAGAUUUCAGGAACUGCUGAAUGUGUGCUUUGAAGGCUCUCAAGUGUCAGAGCUCAGUUGUGUUUUUUCAGCUGUGCAAAACUGAUGUGCUGACUGUUUGCCUUAUCCAUGAUCUUAGGUAGUAAUGGCAUAUCUCAGUUAGAUGACUGAUUUUCAAGUUUGUAGUAGAGUCUCUUGAGCAGAUUAGCUGUUUUGUCAGGUGAGACACAUUUUGACAUGUCUCAUGUGUGGAUUGUGCACUCUCAGAACAACGCUAUGAGAACUUCACCUUUUAGACAACAAUGAUGUUGACGUAAAGUAUCUAAAUCUAUGCUGGAAAAUGCGUACACCAAAGGUACACCGUGUUAUACCCUAAUUUCUAUUUUUCACGUAGUUAUAUCUUCUUUUCAUAGGAUCUUCAGCUGCAAUUCUGGUAUGACUAUUGAGGCAGAAUAUGUUAUUGCCAUAACAAAUGCAUUCUUUCUUGGGCCAGCUUUAGCAGCUAGGUUUUGUUAGCCCAUAAAUCUGUCUGUGCCUUUUAUCAUGAAAUAAGUCCUUCACUUGAGGGGCUUUUAAGUGAAGGAAACUCCAAUAGUUCCAUGAAACCGUUAUAUCGAG